AUUUGAAAUUCAUCUACAAUCUGUAUACUCGCCCCACUUUUGAUCCUCAGCAGCUGGUAUUUGGAGGCUUACAGCCAAUGGAGGUAUGACAUAGCUAUCGUGGCUUGAUAGCCUAUACCUGUACAGUACUCCAUUAGCCUUAUCCUCUUUUAAGACCAUCUAAAUUUGUGGCAAUCAAUACAGUACAUAUUGUGGGAAUUAACUCUGAAAGGUAAUAUGGGUUGUGUGAAGAAGUACUUUAUUUUGUUAUGAAGAGGGAGAGAAAAACUUCUCCCAAUCCACUUUCUCUACACCAUGCAUAAUUAGCCGCACGUGAUUCUAUGAUUCCUGACAGUAAGAGCUGUUUGACAGUGGAAUUUGCUGCCAAGGAGUGUGGUGGAGUCUCCUUCUUCAGAGGUCUUUAAGCAGAGGCUUGACAACCAUAUGUCAGGAGUGCUCUGAUGGUGUUUCCUGCUUGGCAGGGGGUUGGACUCGACGGCCCUUGUGGUCUCUUCCAACUCUAUGAUUCUAUGAUUCUAUGAAGGGGAUUUAAGGUUUACUUGAUUUUUUCUCCUAAUUAAAUCAUGUCAUCAUAAAUAUCACUUAGUCUUCAAGUAACUUGAUCUCUACAUUAGCAAUGCAACCCUAUAUAUGUCUACUCAGAAGUUCAGUGGGGUUUACUCCUAGACAACCAUUUCCAGAGUCAUAGCAGCAAAAGUAGCAAAGAAUUGUGUGGCACUUCAGAAUCUUACUACAGGCUCAUCCACACUUCCCUUUGUCCUGGAAUUGCUUCCAUUUGUUCUGUGAUUUCUAGACAUGGGUCCAAAAGGGGUUUAUUUUGUCCCACCACUUUCCCAGGAAAACCCGCUGCUUACUGCUGAAUCAGAAUAAAUGUCAAUCUGCAGAAAACCCGAUUGACGUUUGUUCCAGUUCAGCAGUAAGCAGCAGGUUCUCCCAGGGAAGAUGGUCAGAGAAAAGAAAAUCCUCUCAUUGGACAAUGGAAGUGUAUAUGUGCCCAAUUUUGCAGAACAGGUUUUCAUGGACAAGAGUUCCCCUCAUCAGAUGCAGAACUCUUGCCGCGUGCUACUCAAGCUAUCUGAUGUGUUCAACUGGCAAUUCCUGCCCCCCAGUGUGCCAGGGACUGGCGCCUUACUUGGUCCCUGAAGUGUCCCAUCCAACCUGGACUGCAGUGGAGCCACUGUGGACCAGCAGCCAAUGGCUUGUGGACUUGCCAUUGUGGAUUUUGAGUAUACUUCCAGUCCAUGAAAGCUUAUGUCCAACAACAUCUAAUAUCAAGCCAUUCAUUUCCAAACAAUAAUUCAAGAAUACAGUCUUGUCAAUUUACAAGGAAUGUGAUGCAGAACAUCUGACUGACCUUUGAAAAGACAGAAGACUGCUAUUGCUAGUGGUGAUGUGUUUGAGAUUAUUCCGUGGUCAGCUUUAAACUUAAUUAUCUUCUGCCUUGCUGGUCUCUAGAAAGGGAGAUCAACAAAAUGGCUUGGGUUGCUUGGAUUCAACACAGAUAAUGGUAAUUUCAUCACUUACUUGGCACCUGGAUUAUGGAAGCACUGGACUAGGUAAUGCCGAUGGUACUUUUGCCUCAUCUUUUUGCCUUGUUGUCUCACUGUUCAUCAUCCCGAAAAUUCAACUCACUGAUGGAAAUGCACCAGUGAUGCACCUUACUAAAUGCUAGCCAAACUCAAUUAUUGACAGUAUAUGGAGAACACUGCCAGGUGUGUCCAAGUGUAAACAUGGGAAAAUAUCAGGUGUUCAACUGAUUAAAUUAUCAAGGGCACAUUGCUAGACUUAAAUAAUCAGAAAUUAUAUAAAGAAAACAAAUACAGGAGGUUGAGACAUUAAAAGCUUGCGUGGCUAUGUAGACUCAGCUUCGUUUCCUUCCAUGCAUAUUUAUGUGAGAAGCAGCAUGUCUAUCUGUGCCAAAGAGUCUUCAUUCCUCUGAUUUUUACUCAGAAGUGUAGGUGAGUGGUGUUCAACCCAGGGAUCAGAUCUGAAACCUGGAGAUGCUUAUUGAGCCAGGGUUGUCACCAGAAGAUCAGGUAGCCUCUGUGGCUUGAAGUACCUUUUGGCCUGGCCAUUCCCAAAUCGGCCUUGCCUGAUAAACCAACUGCGACCAUUUGGGAAUGGCCAGGCCAUAGUUACCCAUGCUCUGAUAACAACCUCUUUGGACAUUUGCAAUGAGUUACAUGUAAGGUUACCUUUGAAAAUGGCUGCAAGAUUGCUACCUCAGAGUGAGCAUUUCAGUCAUAUUACACCAGUGUUUAGUCAGAUGUUAUGGCUCCAAGUCCACUUCUGGACCCAUUUUAAAAACUUGGCCUUAAAAGUCCUAAAGAGGGUAAGACCAUCUUCUACCACAAAAACCAGCCAAAUUGUAAUAUUUUCUUCAGAAGCCCUACUCCAAUGAGCCCCAUCAAGCAUAGUGAGGUGAAUGGCCAUGGCCAUUAUUAGAGGUACUCCAGAGGGCCCUUGCCUCCGGUUUUUCACCACUGGACUCUGAAUAUCCUAUGCCUUCCUCCUACCUUAAAAGAAACACAAAACUUUUAUAAACUUGUUUACAGGACAGCUGAGUGCACUGCAAAUCACAGUGCUGAUGGGACACCCACCAUCUUUAUUUGCAGAAAUCUCAAUUCACAACCUGUGUACUAGGCCUGGAAAUUUUACAUCCAAGUGUGGAACUAGACCACUACAAGUAACUCUGGCGCAGUGUUUCCCACUUUGUAGCUUAACUUUAUUUUAGGAAAGUAGGACUCUAGGAAGUUUUUAUGGAGCCAGGUCAUUGGCCUAUCUAACCCUGACUGAUAGCAGCUAUCCAAGGUUUGGGACCUUAGGUAGAUUCCUGGUCCUACCUUUGUUGAGUUUUGAAUCAGGGGCCUUCUGCAUGCAACACAAAAGCUAUGACCCUUCCUCGGUGUGAAACAUUGCUUAUCCCCCCCCAACCCUGAAAAUUAAGUUCAGAGCUGAAAACUAACUGCACCAGUGAAUGUUACUGGUAAGUGAGGGAUUAUCCAGUAUACCUGAAGGAGCUUCUCCACCCCCAUCAUUCUGCCCAGACACUGAGGUUCAGUGCCAAGGGCCUUCUGGCGGUUCCCUCACUGCGAGAAGCGAAGUUACAGGGAACCAGGCAGAGGACUUUCUCAGUAGUGGCGCCUGCCCUGUGGAACGCCCUCCCACCAGAUGUCAAAGGAAAAAACUACCAGACUUUUAGAAGACAUCUGAAGGCAGCCCUGUUUAGGGAAGCUGUUAAUAUCUUAAGUACUAUUGUAUUUUAAUAUUUUGUUGGAAGCCGUCCAGAGUGGCUGGGGAAACCCAGCCAGAUGGGCAGGGUAUAAGUAACUAAUUAUUAUAUAUUAUUAUUAUUCCAACCUAGAAGCCAAAAAAGGAAAAUCCAGAGAAGGCAGCUGCUCAAGAGCUAUAAUCAGUGUGGAAGAGCAACAAAGACCUAUUCUACAUGGCUUUUCAUAGUUCUGGUGUGUAUCUAUCUGACAAGAACAUCUAGUGGAUUACACACACAAAAGGACUUAUGCCAGGAAUGCGAUGCUAUUGCAAAACAAUCAAAUGCCAUCUUGAGGCUGCAAUCAUAGAAUCGGCCGCAGCAUCUUAGUGAAACAAGAAGUGAUGGUGCUUCUUUGCUUUGCAUUGUUCAGACCACCGCAGGAGAACUUUGUCCUUUCAAGUUGGGUCCUGUGUUUGCUAAAGAUACGGGCCACCUGAAGAAGAUCCAGAGGAAAGCAAUGAAGAGGCAAAGAGGAUUAGAGCUGUGAUUAAAGGUUCAAGGAUCUAUCUUUCUUUAGCCUAGUGUGACAUAGCUGCCAUCAUAUAUCACAAGAACUGCUCUUGCAAUAUAUACCAGUGGCUUUAUAUUAUUUGCAGAUUAUAAUACUAUUUGAACUAUUUGUGGUUUGUUAUGGGGGGGUAGCAGUUAUUCCUUGUUUCCCAAUGCAGUAUACACUUCAACUUUAAAAAAAAAACUGAAAAAGGAAGAACUAUAUGUUUAUUUGUGGUUGAAAGGACCUAUACUGGCUAGGUUUAAAAAUCCUGGUCACCUCCACCUCUUGUGUGUAAACCACAGAAACUACCACCUCUGGUGUUGUUAAAGGAGGUUGGCUGCUGCUAUGUAUGCAUGUACAAUUUCCUUUACAGGAACCCUGUCCUACACAAGGUGCUAAGGUAAGGAAUGUGUGGCCCUCCAGAUAUUUGCUGAAUUGAAACUCCCCGCAUUCCUUGCCACUGGCCAUGCUGAAUGGGACUGAUGGGAAUUAGAGUCCAAUAGUAUUUGAAGGGCCACUGGUAAACCACCAUGGGGUAAGUUAUCCGUCACAUAGUCUUGUCCAUCUGGGUGCAUGUGGAGAACUGUUGUGUUGUAAUGGCUAGUGCCAGUUUAAGGCCAAUGAGACCCACCUCUCCACACUUGUGCCAGUCACCAUCUUGCAGCCACUGUUGUGAGGAUGAAAUGGGAAUGGAAAGGAUCAUGUGGGCCACACCUGAACCCCCAUGGAGGAAGGUCAGGAUAAAUGGAAUCAAUAAACAAGUGUAUGUGCAGAGUAGCUGCAUCUUCCCUCUUGCUCAGAUAUUUAACUGCUAGAGACCUAAGGUAGGAAACUAAAAUCUGAUGAACACUUGUGUACACUGGCAAUAUUUUCUAAAGGCAUUCCAAAAAUAUUGCUCCCCCGCUGCAAGGGACAAGAGAGAUAAAAUAAGCAGAGCGGUCUACUAGGAGCAGGGUCAGAAAAUAGGAACUAUCUCUGGUGAACAUGGACUGGUGGGGCAUGUUGGUUAUGCUCAUCCAAGUUCUCUUGAGUGCUGAUAUGUUCUAUGGAUGCAGCAUUAACCCCACCUUGGUUUCCUUUGGAAGGAGGCCACUGGAGGCUUCUUGGUGUUUUGUAAUAUCUGCAUUUAUUUCUAAAUAUACAAGUUGAGCAUAGAUGGAGGCACAGCCUAAACAACAGGCAGCCCAAGUCCAGUGUUUCCCACAUUAGAUCUCCAACACCCUAAGAUGCUUCCAGCAUCCAAACUCAAUUCUCUGUUUGUUUCCCUCUGUCUCACUCAAACUACAGUUUGUUGUUCACCUAAGGCACCUAAGACCUCUGCCUGGCUAGAUUGUGUAUGCGGGGGGUUUUUUCAGGGGUGUCUCUGCAGAUUAGUUAUCUUUUCUGACCAUCACCUAGCCUUUUUAGCUUCCAUGGAGACAGAACACUGGGGCAGCAUAGGCUAUCAACACUCCUCGGUCAAGCCCAGUAUUGCCUCAUACCAAUAGCCCUACUUACAGAAACUGAUAGGAGACCCACAGCAAACUGAAUUAGUAUUUGGUAGCUAUGCAUGAACUGUGUUUCAGGGAAAUUUACCUGCUGUUACUAAUCUCCUUUGAUAAGCUUCCAAGCAACACCGGGGCUUCCCCGAAUGCAGUUUGAAAACAACAGACACCUUAAAAUUGAAUUAGUGGUUGAGAUGCAACCUAGACCGCAGCUCAUAAAGUCAUAUAUUCUUGCCACGCAGAAAGGCUUCUGAUGGCAGGGGAGCUGUGAGCCUGCAGCCACCUGCCAGAGUUUCAUUUAUUAGUCCUCUAAUUGACAAGAGUUUAUGGGUGAAAAUCCCAAGCAUUGCUACUGGGACUGAUCAUAGUUUGGGUUGAUUCCGGAUAUGAAUAAUUUGGCAGCACUCAAUCAUUACUGUUUUUUCUUUAUGCAGGAAAUGGAAUACCAGCUGUGCUCCAAGACUUCUAACACUCUGUAGUCAAGUGGGCAAGUCCCCUUUCCUCCGCCCCCCAUUGUAGGAGGGAGUGGUAUUCAUUAGGACUGUUGUGUAUAGUGAGGAAAGGGUUAAAUACUCCCUGCUCUUCACAGCAUUCCCGAUCAUGGUUGUCCCUUUCUACAAUGGGGAGGGUAUAGAAGCAAUGCUAUUUGGAAAGGAAAGUGUUAAAGCUUGAAGAAAGCUUCCACUUGGUUCCAAUGAGAGAACAUUUUCAAGCUAAAUUGAUUUCAUGUUAUUAUUAUUGAAUUUGUAUCCCACCCUUCCUCCAAAGGAGCCUAGGGUGGCAAGCAUAUCAAUACUAAAACAAUAUAAUGAAAAUGUCUAAGAAGAGGAGAUUGCUGCUGUUGUCUAAAUUGCCAUGCAGGGCAGGGGACGUUUUUGCAGCUGAGAAGGGAAGUGUUAAUCCUCCCCUCAAGAAUGCAUGUGCUUUAAAAAAUGUAGAUAUGUAGGAAUGUGUGUGUUUGUGUACAAACGACUGUGGGGGGGGGGGAGCUUCGCCCACAUUUUUCAUUAGCCCCAGCCAGUGCUUUUUUCUGGGGGGACCCAGGGGGAAGCAUACCCCUAAACAUUUUGUGAAUCUAAGUUUGGCCUCAUUGAGAGGCAGUAUUUCAAUACUGAGUAGGAAAAUGAGAGUACCCCUAAACAUUUUUUCAGAAAAAAAGCACUGGCCCUAGCCACCACUGGCACGCAUGUCAUAAAGCCUUUGUCUCACUGCCCCACAGUCUGGCAGGUGAGGUGGCUCUCAGUUUAAUCCCAACUGCAUUUUGUGUGUCUCAGUAAAACAGCCUCUCUGCUUUCUCCUAAAUAUUUAUCUGCGAGAGUUCGUGCUGUUAGACCCAGGAAUGUCCUGAGAUGGAAGAGGGAUAUGGAGCUGGGCCCAGCAUUUUUUCCCCUUCUUCUUCUGGCAGAUUACUUCCAAAUAAAACAUUUGCAGACAUAAAUAUUAGAGAAUUGGGAAAGGGAGCCACAUCUGUCAUCUGCUAUACCCAGUUCAGUUUAAAACUCCGAAUUAUAGAGAGGAUUUAAAAUAAAAAUGAAACAAUACAAGAAGCCUGCAAGCUCCAACACAAGCUCAGAUCCGCCAGAAAGAUGAAUGUGAAUCACCAAGUAGAAACAUGCUACCUUUUAUGGAAGAAAAUUUUGCUGUGGUUGGCCUUGUUGAAAUGAUUUUUAAAAAAAGAAAAGAAAAGAACAACAACUCAUAUUAGGCCUUUGCCCCAUUGUUAGUGAGCUGGUGGAAAGGUCUCUGGUUGCAAAUUACCAUAGCGUUGCGUUUCCGUCUUCGACCAAAACCACAGUAAUGUAUGGUGAAGGCUUUCAUAGUAGUGCUGGGAUUUUCUUUAGAUUAAAAAAUAACAAGAAAAACUGAAGAAAAAAAUUGCCUUGGUAACUUUCAGUUCUGUUUGAAAUCACCCUAGCUCAUGCUUUUGGUGCUCAGUUUUCAGGCUGAAAGUAGUAGCUCUAAAGAGAUUUGGGUUGUUGUUCGGGUUGUUGCUAUUGUUUAUCGGAGACUGGAUGCUUCUGAGUCAUCGGUUUAAAUACUGGACAAUGGAAAAUAACACUGUUAUCAUUCACUCAAGCAGUAUGUCAGCUGUGAAAAUGCAGUGCCCUAUGAGAGCUCAUCCACUGGACCCAUAUUUUGAUGGUAUUAUGUACUGAUUAAUUCCACUCGGUCUGAGAGCUUUGCUUGUUGUUCCAGACUUACCCACUUAAGGGUGGCACCUCAGAAAUAAACAGGGUUCACUCAAAACGGCAUUAAUGCAGCAGGGCACCCCUCCCUUUGGUGUUGUCCUCUUUGGGGCAGACAUUUCUGGUGUCUCACCACCUGCAUCAGGCCUGGGAGAAUGUUAUGUACUGAGUUGAAUAGGAUCCAAAAUGCAGCAGUCUGAUUGGUCCUAGAACAAUAGGAUUCAGAAUGCAGCAGCCUGAUUGGUCCUAGAACAAUAGGCUCCAGAAUGCAGCAGUCUGAUUGGUCCACAGGAGCCACCCAAUCCAGCUCCAGGUGGAAGUGAAUCCGCAACCUGAUUGGCCUACAGGAGAAUCCCAGAAUUAGCCAAUCACCUGGGGCCCAUUGUGUAAAUAAUGUAUACAAAGCAGACAUUCUGGGGGAACUUCCAUUCCUCCUCACCACUAUGAGCUGAAUAAAGAGCAUGAAAUCCACACUCGACUCUGAGUAUAUUUCAGAGAAAUACCACAUCGACUCUUAAGAGGACUUCAGAGGAGCAGGGUUCUCCCCUCAUCCAGCCGUAAUAGUGAAAUGGAGAGGUUUCAUAUCUCAAUGGCAGAGAUCAAAUACCCCAUGCAUCACAUGUUGCUUCUGAGACAUUCAUACAUCCUUCCUGCUCCUGCCCUUCUAUUUGCAUCAGUGUUCAAAAGAGCAAGGCUCUCCUGAGUUGCUGCAACAAAGUUUCAAUACUUAUGUACUAAAGAAAGUCAAACUGUGGAGUUUGUUUAGGAUUCUAGGUCAUUGAUCAGAAUGCUGAGAUUACUAGUCAGAUAAAUUAGUCUGGGAGCAAACUAGAGAUUAUGUACUAAUGAAAACCAUCAGGCUGCGUAUGCCUCCAGAGAACAGAAUAAAUAUGUUGCUGACAGAGAGUACGGCUAGUGAGUUAUGAUGCAGAUGGAGAAAUCACUAAAACUGUUGGCCCAGCUGCAGUAACAAAAGCACAAGCCAGCUGUAAAGUAUGUUAAAGAAUAAGAGAAUAAGAACUGGGAGAGGUUCUGAAAAAGACACCAGAGAACUGACGUCAGUGGGAUUAUUCCAUUGGCCCUUUCACACAUAUCAACCAAUUUGUAAAAUCCCUCUUCAGAAUGUUCCCCCCCCCACUUCUAAAAAAUAACAGUCAAAUAUAUAAAUUAACAAAAGUCAGACGUUGAGACACUGGAUGUAAGACCUAUACUCUCUUUGGGAAGGCAAGAGAAGAAGGCAGGAGCACACAUCUAUAAUUUGCUUGUUUCAGGCACAGCAGGUUGUCGAUUGUCAAGAAUGACACACCAGGGCAUUAAUUUGCACAUAGGUCACUGUUCCUGUGAGCACAUUUGUGCACUUUCAUCCGCACAUGAACACUUUCAGUUUUAUGUCUCCAGAAUCUAUCUCAAUGCUUCCCAUCCACACUAGUGAUUGGCACUUGAUGGGAUGUUUUCAUGUUGUCUGUAGUUGUCCCCUUCCCUCAAUGAUUACUUCCUCCUACACCAUAAACUCCAGAAAUUUGAGGUCCUUGUAGGUAUUUGUUUGCAGGUGUACACAUACCCUUUUUUGAAAAAAAAACGAACAGCAAACAAAUCAGAAGAUUCACUCAAUAAAGACUGAAUACAGUCUAACCUCAUGGAUAAAAAAGGUAAAGGACGCCUGACAGUUAAAUCCAGUCAUGAAUGACUCUGGGGUCGCGACACUCAUCUCGCUUUAUUGGACGAGGGAGCCGGCAUACAGCUUCCGGGUCAUGUGGCCAGCAUGACUAAGCUGCUUCUGGCGAAACCAGAGCAGUGCACGGAAACGCCAUUUACCUUCCCACCGGAGCGGUACCUAUUUAUCUACUUGCACUUUGACGUGCUUUCAAACUGCUAGGUUGGCAGGAGCUGGGACUGAGCAACGGGAGCUCACCCUGCCACAGGGAUUCGAACCGCCAACCUUCUGAUCGGCAAGCCCUAGGCUCUGUGGUUUAGACCACAGUGCCACCUGCGUCCCUAUGAAACAUAGGUGUUCACAAAAUGGUACAGUCAUGACUAUUUAUGACAUCACUAAUAAUGCCACAGAUAAUAUGCAGUAAGUGUCUAUGGCCAUCCUUCAGACGACAGUGUUCCAUACUACAAUUGCAAUAGCCAUGGUUGUGCUGUCUGGAGGAAGCACUACUUUUACUACAUGCUAAAAUAUAGAAAAUAUUCUCUAAUAAUAUGUGAAUGGUUGCAACAAAAGUAUCCCCUCAAGGAAAUACAUACAGACUGCCACUGCACCAAGCAAGCAACAAGUGCACAUUUGUGGCACUAGAAAGUGAGGGUGCAGAAAGCCUCUUAUUGUCACUAUUGAUUGGCUUUGGACAGCAAUUCUGCAGAAAAGCUUCAGACUAUUGCAGAAAAAAAGAAAAAAGAAUAAGCAUUAGAGAAGAUUUUAUCCAUUUUCUAUUUUUGUUACAGGUCUUAAGCAAGGCAAACCUUCCGGGCUGGUCAUAUUGAUUCCCACAUACCACCUGUCUCUGAUUCAGUGGGUACACUCUUCAAAGGAUUGUUGUAGUCCCACACAAAAUUGCAUUCUCUAACCCACAUGGCAAUUCAUUUCAUAGCAGAAGCUCAAUGGAUGACCUACCAUGACCCGGGUCAGGUGGAGCAUCUCACAGCAUAAAGAGAUGGGGCCAAAUCAGGGCGUGAGAUCUUUCCAGAUGCAUGUCCACAAACAGCCAAAGAGGAAGUCCAAGAAGGCAGCUGGUCCCUGAGUGCCACAGUCCCUGGAGACUUUGGCCAUUGGGUCAGAAGACUCAAAGCAGAAGAAGAGUCUUCUAUAUCCUCCCUGUUUAUUGUUCCACCCUAGUCAACUCAGAGUUGCAAAAGUAUUCCACUCACUAGCUUAUGGAGAGAGAGAGACAGAGAGACAAAGAGACAGAAUAGGUUUGUAACAAGUCACUACAGUUACUACUAAAUGAAGAUUUUUAUUCAACUUAGACCAUCCUUCAGGACUAUUGGAGGAUGAACAUCAAAACUAAGAUGUUAAGAACAACCAAUGAAGAGGGGGGCAAUGGGGGAAGUUGCUUUUUGUAACCAUCUGCAAGCCUUCUUUACACGGUUUACACAAAACACUUCUCCUCCGAGCCUGUUACAUUAAGAGGGAGCGUGGGCUUUGCCAGAACACCUGGAAUUACUCAUUAUUUAAACAGAGGCAUGGCAUCUUUUUCAGCAUGAAAAGAGUAACAUGUCACAUCAGGGCAUGAUUCAGGUCAGAAGGACUUGUGAUGCUCAGCUUGGUAAAUAUUAUUGUUAUGUGAAGAUGAAAAAUGUCAUUGAAGAAGGGCAAGUUAUUAUUACAGCCCUGUUUACAAAUCCAUGAAAAGGACUCUUUCGCUGUGUUUCAAGCCUACAACAGCUUAUGCUUUCAAAAUGAAAAUAAAAGAACGAAGCAAACAAGGAGUAAACAAACAAGGACUCUUUCUUUCUGCUACAGUGGUGCAAAAAGCACAACACUGAGUAGCCUCAGAAGGGCAUCCAGUGUACAUUCCCAGUGCCACAUUCGAUGACUGGGGCUCAAGACUUUUCUUUUGCUCAUGAUGACACUCAGAAGCUGCGUCAGGUUUUUUGGCACUUUCAGUAUCCCCCACCAAAGCAAAUGGCUCAUUUGGCUUAGGGAUGACCCUGUGCAUAUCCCACAAAAAAUAGUUUUGCUCAUUCCCUCAGCAGAAGAAAGUCCAGGGCAGCUCUCGAGAGGCAAUUCCAUUGUGAGAACAGAAUAUUUCCAGAAUGUAGUACUUUUGCAAUAUCAGUGUAUGAACAAGCAUACAAGUAAAGUAAGCAGGAAUGCAGAGUGGAAAUGCUAGACCUAACACACCCGCUACCACCAAUUAGCCAAAGCCACAGCAACCCCUGGCGGCAGCACCAGCAGCAGCAGCACCAGACUUUCUUGCUAGCAAGCUCCAGAAACUCACACUUUUUGGACAAAUUAAAACGGUUCCCUUUCUCCGGCUGAUCAAAUAUGAUCCUUGGGGUUCUUUUGCUCCCAUACAAGCAGGCAAACUCAACACCCCUAGUAGCUUGCCCUAGACUUUUUCAAGACCCUGAGAAACCCAGGGUCUGAAUGCUUAUUUGUGGCCUCCCUUCCUUUGCUUCUUAGUGGGACUGUCCUGUACUGUCAGUGCUGCGAUGGGCCCUUCUGUGUGUGAGGCCUGGGACAACUGCCUCCACUACUUCAAAGGACCUGUAGUGGCUUCUUUUUUUAAUUACAAAGUGCAGUUUGAUGGCUCAUUACAGACCAGGCCACCCCAAGGCCAAGAAGUUAUCAAAGAGAAUAUUUAUAACAUUGGCAGUCACCAUUAAUGGUCUGCAAUAGUCAGCCAACAGACAUGACUGCAAAGACAUGAGGGUUCCCUGGACGUUAUCGUAAACAAAUCUUGAGAUAAAGUUGUUGAUUCAAGUAAGCACAGGUUAAACAAACUUGAUCCAAGGAUAAUCUCAGCUAGUGGCAGCCAUGUGGAAAAGCCAGCUCAUGCUGACAUUAUCACAUGGCAGCCUGUGCAGGAUUCAGGCCAGCUGGCGCUCACACUGAAAAAAACAAAACCUUGACCCAACGUGAUCUGACGUCUUUACAUGCCUGUAGGUUCUUAUGGUGUAGCUGAUGCAUCUGCAUGUCCUUGGACCUUGAGUGAUUUCUUCCUGUAGCUGCCACAGCUUGAGUUGGUCAUCAGAGAAAGACCUUAUUCUCAACUACAUAGUUCAUAGUUAAACAUUCAAUGUGGUUUUGUUUUUUUUUACAUCUAGAUAGAAUAGUCAGAUUCUACAUAGCUCACACCAUCCAUAUAACUUCACCGAACUGCGUAUCUGUCUCAAGUGAGGAAUUAAAAACUACCAAACUUGCCUUUUUGCUUCCCAGGUGCCAAAGAACACAUACAUCUAUUUGAUGCUAGGACUACGCACAACUGCCCUUGGCUCAGAAAGCAGCAGGAAAUGGAUCUGCGUCAUUCUGCACGAGGCAGCUGGUCACUCAGUCCUUCUUCUGCAUAUAGGGAUAGGGAGAAGCAAGAGUAAUCUUUCUGCAGGCCAAGGAAGGGACAGGGAAAGAAAUAACAUAGAGCGGGGUAAGUAUACAUUGCAGAGUACAUCUGCAAGAAAAUGACAAAAUAGUGCUGUAAUUGCAGUGCGAAGAGAUAUAAUUUUCUCCACCCUGCACCCCUGUUAGCAUGUGCUGUACAGCACAGAUGUUUCCAAAUGGGCUACUUGCCAGCACAGUUUAAUUGUGGUAACAUCCUGGAUAAUGGAUAUCAAAUGGGAAGGAAUUGAUGGCUUUGGUUAUAAAAAAAUAAACAGAUCACAGCUCAGGGAUAGUGUUCCUUCUUAGCAAGGAAGAUAGUUUGUUAUCUCUUUCAUUAUCUUCAUAUAGGGGGCGUAUUUGAGGAAGGGAACCAUGAUCUGGAUUUCUUUUCAGAGAAUAAGAUAAUAAAUCCAGAUAUUACAAGAAGAUAAAGGUUGUGGGAUGAACAGAGGGUUAGCGUUCAAGCGGUAUUCAGGUGAAUAUUCUCUUGCUCAGACCCGCAGGAAUUCUUGUACUAUAGAAUAACAGAGAGUUUUGGUUUUUGCUUGUUCUUUAAAAAUCCAGUUUCCUUUUUGCCCCUUUGAAGUUGUUGUUCCAAUGUCUGGGCUGAAAGUUCAGCUUCACUUGGAACAGGGUCACGAUACUUGGGUUGGAGCCCCCAUAUUCACUGGAUGAGACUGGGAUUUGGAGUUGGAGAAGCAAUUGCUCCCGGAGCCAGCUCCAGGAGUACUAAAUGGGAAGCAUGUGGGCAACAGGAGCCCACUGUUCCAGAACCUCUGCAGGUUGAGGAGGUUGUGCUACCUUCCUCUGACUUCAAAGGAUCCAUCUCAGAAGCCCUACUGGAACCACAGUCUCCCCCAUCCUCAGUCAGAGUCCACAAGGCCUAAAGUAAGCAAGGCCCCUUUAAAUGAAGAUGUUGUAUUUAUGGAAGACGGAGCUGGUGUCUCAGCGCUGCAGCUGCUACUUAAGGUUCAGUCUGAGAAUCCCUGUUGCUGAAACAACAUUUGAGCUCUGCUUUUAUGUAAAUUCUAAUUUGAGUCCUGCAUGGAGCUGUCCAGGGUACUAACCAAGCCUUGUCUCAUCUCCGUAUUGAGGCCAUUGCUCAAAAUGGAACCAAAACUGUCUUCAAGGUGAGAGAGUCCAUCAAAAAUACACAAGGAGGAACUGUAUUUACAAACAAGUGAGCAAUUCAUAUGUGAGAUUAUUCCCCGGGAGUUGUUCCAAUUAAGGUGAUGUAUUGCAAUUUAAUCUGUGACCCAGAUUGUUGUUUAUAGGCACUUAAUAUCAAUACACGUUGGCUUUAGGCCUUGACUAGGCCUUAACACUGGGUAGUCAAGUUACAUGAAGGUUGGAGAAGAUGGCUCAGCCUUAUUCCACUCUCUAGCAAGCUAGCCACAAGUGGAAAACAACAGUACCAUUUUUGGGAAGACUAGUUGAUAGACAUCCUUUGUGCAAGUUCUUUAAAAGACCUUAAGACCUGUGAGACAGCGAGAGUGAGGCCUUUGUUUUGGAGGCUCUGUGGGUUAAGAACAUCAGGGGUUCUGGAGAUAUAAUGUAGAAUAGUAGAUCUGCCUGCUUGUUCGAGUGUCUAAGCUGUGCCUCUGCAUGUAUGCAAGCUGUAUAUUUAGAAAUAAAGUCAAAUAUUACACAGAGCAUCAUCAAUGUCCAAUCAAUCAAUCUUCUGAACAAAGCCUGCAUCCUUGGGGACUUCUUGCUGCUCAGAGAAGAGGAUUGCAUGAAACAAAAUGUUCAUACCAGACUCAGUUGCUAUCAGUUCCCUCAAAAGAAGACAAAAUACAAAUAAAAGACAAAGAGGAAUCUUGUGCUUUCUGCAGCUUUCUGUUUUCUGAGGCGUGCUCUGAUUAUUAUCAUUCUGCUCAGCUUGUUGAUCCAAUAAACUUUGCCUGGAAUCUGUGCAAGGGUUACUGGAAUAAGCAGGGGAAAAAUAAAACAAAUAUACAGAAAAAUAAUGUGCAAGCUCCCUGGAAACCAGACAGAGACAUAGUGACCCAAGACUCUUAAUGGCAAGGGAACAUGGAGGGAAAGGGAAGAGGUGAUAUAUUGUCAGUAGGAAAGAUUCUAUAAAUAUCAGGAAAGGCAAAGUACGGAACAUAGAGACACAGCAUCAAAGAUCUUUUGUAUUAGGCCCCAGAACUUCGCAAAUCACCUCACACAAGUGCUCUUAAUGAAGCAAUUGGUAGAAAAAGCUUCUGCCUGGAAAUCCAGUUGCUUGACGCAAAUGCUUGCAACACAGUUAUUGAAAAGGCCUUUGCUACAAGGCCAAUCUUUGUGGUGUUGUGUUUUGGAGUUUGUUUUUAAAAUAUAUUUCCCAAAUAUGCAGGGUCAUGGGAAGAUUUACUCAGCUGACUUGAAAAGCACACACCAAUAUGUUUUCUGCCUAUGAAAAAGCAGCUCAGAAAAUGCUUCUGGCAAGCACAGAGGAAAAAAAGCCGAAUAAGAGGGGAAUUUUUCAUUUAACUAUGAGAGCGCCUGCAGAUGAGCAAAACUGAUUUUUUCUAUCUACCUUCUCUAAUCACUGAACAACUUGGUGGCCAAACACUUCAUUCUGGUCUGGCUAAAGGCACUGUUAUCACCUGCAGGUGUAAUUGAGCACAAAAGGACAAAAGGCUGGUGCCAAAAGUCUAUGCUAAAAGUGCACUCCAUUGCAAAGGCAUCCACAUACAUCCACAUUAUGAAACAACAUCCACCUAUAGCAUCAGGGGGCCCGACUUGGGCCAGAUUGUGGGUGCCCAGCGGCGCAUGACGGAAUGUGACAGCAUGACAUCACAGUGGUGCCUGGGAACCCCAGACGUUACAUCUGAGCCCCCAUGAGACCUCAGACACCUCACAGGGCAUCUGACGUGACUUCUGGUGGCAUCGGAAGUCACGUCAGAGGGCUUGUGAGGCCUCGGAUGCCACCUCCAACCUUGAGUGCUUCACAAGGCACUGGAAGUUGCAUUGGAGGCCUCGCAAGGCCUCAGAGGUGGUUUCCGAGGCCUCACAAGCCCUCUGGCGUGACUUCCGAUGCCAUCAGAAGUCACAUCAGAUGCCCUGUGGUGUGGCUGCAAAGCACCCACAACAAUUUUUUGUGGGUGCUCGGGCCCCCAAGGUCCCCUAUAGUUGGUGCCAGUGUAUAACAUUAUACAUCGCACAUGUAAUGAUCUCAGACAGGCAAGCAAGCCUCAAUAAGAAUUAAUGACUCUCCAACAGUUUUAUGGUACUUUUAUUUACAAAAACACAUCCAGAGUGCAGCUUCUAGCCUGCUCUCAUUGAAGGAGUUGGUCAGUCUGAAUCUCUGCCCCUCUCACAGCAGGAAGGACGUCCAAUUCCUGCCCUUCCUCUCUUGCCCUUCCAUUGCACUCUGACCUUGUCCAGACUCCGAGAACGGGGACUGAGAGGUUGGACUUCCCCCUCCCCACUUCCACUAGACACACUCUCUAUCCUCUGCCUCUCUGCUGUUUCCCUAGCAACACUCUGACUGCCUCCUAACUCUCCCUCUGCUUGAGAGCUAUCUGUGUCUGUGACUUCUACAUGAAGGGGGAUCGAAGCUUUCGUCUGCAGAGCUGGCCUCUCUCUCACUUGGCUCUAUUUCUGAGUCUGACUCUCCCCUUGAGCUCGGUUGAGCCACAUCCCUGACAACACACAUGGCACACAUGUUGGAAUCUUGUCAGUUCUCUUCAUUGGUCUGGAUCUAUGGAACUCCUUGCCAGGGGAGGUCAAUUUGCCCUCUCCCCAGACUUUUUGUUAUUUAAGGCAUUUCCUUCCCAGCAAGCUUUUCACCUGCCAGUGUGAAGAGUUUUCACUCAACUGCUCUCUUGUUGGCAGCACUUGUAUCUCUUCAAUGUUUUAGUAGUUUAUUGAUUCAUGUUUGUGUGCAGGUUGUCUCUAUGCGUGUGUAUGUGAAGUAGUUUUAAGGCAUAAUCCUAUACAGAAGAUACCAUAGGAUUUUGCACACUCCUGCUACCCUGUUGGAACACUAUGUGCCACCAUCUUAAAAGAUACUCCAGAAGAUCUAUUCUGCCAUCUCCUGGAGCCUCUUAGCAGAUCUCAUGAACUACCUUUCAAGGGGGCAUGGUUUGCAAUAGAUUUUUUUGUAUUCAUUUUCUUCAGUAUGCACAGAUUCUCUUUUCAUGAGACAUCCAAUAUCACUCAUGAUGUACAGAUUACACUGCCUAACAUAUAUCUUUUCACCACCGUUAGACAUGGAGUCUGACAAUACGUCCUUGUCCCCACCCCCCUCAAAAAAAAGGUUCACUUGCAAUAAAUAUGUGGCCAGUCAAAAUGGGCAAUACUGGGCUGGAGAGAUAAAUAGUCUGCUUUUGUAUACUGCAGCUUAUGAUGUUCACUUAAGCAUGCAAGAGCACAGAUGUUUCUUAAGACUUCAAGGAGAAAUUAAUUUAUGAGCAUUACCCACAAAGUACAAGUCACCCAUUCUACUGUGAAAAUUAUUUUCACAGAGUGUUCCUAUUUUUUGCAACAUUGAACAGAAAAGUACAAAAGUACAGUACAUCGUGGGAUCAAUAUGGGAGGCGGGGCAUUCAGAUUUAUUUCCUGCUCUGAUUCACAACUGUUCGAUGAACAAAUACAGCAAAAUAGCCAAACAAGUUCCUAUACCUGGAACUUAAGAGCAGGAAAUGUGACAAAUUCUAAACUGAGGACUGACAUUUCCUAGCCUAGCUUUCACCAAACUCACUAUUUUUUUCCAGAGGUUCAAAUUCUCCAUACCACCAAUUUCAUGAGGACUUUCCCCAGGAGACUUGCUACUUGAUUCUACUGACUAUGGGUGCUUCCAGGCAACUUGCUUACUGACCAUUCAUCCUGAUUUGGUUCUAGGGAGAAUACACAAUGCCAGCUAUUUAUUGAGUAUUCACUCGUAUUUCUCUGUAGGGAGGUUAGACAAUGUAGUAGGGGCGCCAUCUCCCUUUGGGUCCCCCAAUAUUCUGGGGAGGGGGUCGGGGGUCCCCCAAGUCCAAAGGUGGCAGGAAUUAACCCUAGGCCAGUGGUGGCAGCAGCAGCAGCAGCAGCAGCAUGGCUUCAAGGGCCAAGCCACCGCUCUCGGCUCCACUCCUGGCUCCUCUGCCAGUGUGGUGUAGUGGUUAAGAGAGGUACUCUCGUAAUCUGGUGAACCGGGUUCGAGCCUCCGCUCCUCCACAUGCAGCUGCUGGGUGACCUUGGGCUAGUCACACUUCUUUGAAGUCUCUCAGCCCCAUUCAGCUCACAGAGUGUUUGUUGUGGGGGAGGAAGGGAAAGGAGAUUGUUAGCCGCUUUGAGACUCCUUAGGGUAGUGAUAAAGUGGGAUAUCAAAUCCAAACUCUUCUCUUUUUCUUCUCUGAUGUCCCGAUGUCAAACGCACGACGCCACGCCCUGCACAUUGCUGCCCCUCCAUUCUUCUUCUGAAGGUGACACCUAUGCAAUGUUGCAUCAGAGCAGGUAUUCUCUUACACUUCCCAGUACAUGCUUCCUUUACUUCCCUUAUUUCAAAAAGAGAAGUGGAUUUGUUUUGCAAGACUGCAACUAUAAUUGCAGGUCCUGAAUUUGCUGGUAUGUGAUUGAAUCCCACCUCAGAAUAGCAGCAGUCUGUAUAAACUAGAACUGGGUCUGGGCAUAUUAUGGAUUUCAAAGGUGAGCAUGAUUUUCAUCUCAGAAUAAGGCUGUAGGCCAUAACCAUUGCACAUAACCACUGGAAUAAUACCACUGUAUUUAACGAGAAUUACUUUUUCGGUGUUGAACUCUUGGUCUGUGCAACAAACAGAAUUAACAUGAUCUUUCUCUAACCACUUGAGCUAAAGAAAAAUAUAUAGCUUUUAAACUGAUCAUGCACAGAGACGACCCUGUACUUCUUCUUUUCUACAGACAUGGCAGCAUACACACCAGGCAGUUCAUUUCUAGUUAUUGUCCCAUAUUACAUUUCCUUCUAGCUGAGUCACACUGGAUAUUUUAAGCAAAGCUCUGUGCUGCAGGCCAACUUGAAAACAUUUGAAAAAAAGACAGUCAGGUCACUCCUGAGGCAGGAGAGCAGCCGGCCCCUUGAUGGGAAUGGAUGUGCAAGAAAGGGAUUGUUAUGGAAACAUCACUUGCACGUUCUGUAACAGCACCAGAGUGAUAAAGAGAGAACACAUUUUAAUUAACUGCCUUCAGCAUAUUCCCGAUAACCACUGCUUGUACACACAGUGCAGAACAACAUAGCAAGGCUGAUGAUACUUCAAACUGAGAAACAAAAUGUCAUAAGAUUGGACAAGAAAUUAAGUUGUGAGAGGCAUCCUUUUCACAGUGGGCAAUCUAGCAUCGCACAAGGCACACAACCCCUAUGACAGAGCCAUGUAGCUGCUCUGGGCAUGUGCAGACGAUUCGAUUCUGCUCUCAGCUGUGCUGGCGUAAAUUAGGAGGCGUUCAGUUUCUGAUGUAGAGUUCCCCAUUGUAAAUGGAUGGGUGUGUGGAGGAAUGCAUAAUGGUAAGGGGGGGAAAUGACUUCCCUUUUAUUUGUUUUUUUUAAAAAAUGAUAUUUAUUAAGAAUUUUAAAAUUACAGGAAAAGCAAAGAGAAAAAAAAGGGAAAAAAUAAAGAAACAAAAGAAAAAGAAAAGAAAACAAAGCACAAUCAAACAAUACAAAUUGAUAAAAAUCAAAAUCAAAAAACAACAACAAAACACGUAACAGAUCACAGUCAAAAAGCAAAAAUAGACCACAAAAAUUUAAAAACAAAUCCAAUGUUCCCAAAUCCUUAACUGUCAUUACCUUAUUUCAUCGACCUCCUCACUCCUCCCUUUUUUGUAUUCUAGUUGUUAAUUAUCACAGCAAAUCCUUUCCAUUUUUCAUAGUAUUCUGUCAUUAAAUUACCUUAAUCUAUUUUAACCUUAUCUUACUAUAAAAGACCCUAAAACUUAAAACUUAGAUCUUAUUUAUACCAAUUUCUCAUAACCAUAACAUAUUCUUACAUAAUUCUUUUAACAUUUCUGCUAAAGCCAAAUAAUUUCGUUCCAACAUUUUUCUAACAUUCAUCAAUUUUAUAAAACAAUCCUAAUAAAAUAUUUUAAAACUUUCUUCCAAUCUUCAUCCAGCGUCUCUUCCCUGGUCCCGGGUUUUGUCAGUCCUUUCUAUCCCAUCCAUUUAGCUCAUUAACCUGGUAAUCUUAUGUCCGAGGCCCUUAAGUCUCUUCCAUGUCCCUUCCGCAGAUCUUCUUCAUAUUUAUACCUGUACUUUACUUUGUCUCCUGCUCCUUUCACUCGUGGAAACUCCGUCUUGACAGCAUUUUUGUCCCUUCUCGACCAAUCAGCCCCUUUUCCAUAGUCCACACUAAACUCCAUGUGGUAUUUAAAAACAUGUUUCAAAGUCCCUCAAGAGUUAAGAACCCUCACAACCCCAAACAUCUCACGGCCCAUUGCCAGACUUGAAAAGUCAAAACAUCCCUGCAUAGGGGGGUCUAUCCAACCCCCCAUUUCCAAACCAAACAAAACUCUAUCUCUCCAAAUCUGGCUUUUUCCAAGUUCAUUUGUCAGAUCCAACAACUCAUGUUCCUGCUGGGCCACAGCUCCCUCCAUCUCUGCCACCCAAGGUCCAGCAACAUACUCCUCCCUCAUCUGAUCUGUCAGAGCACACUCCUGAGUUGAUUCCUGGGUGGGUUCUACAUAAUUACCCACUACCUGUCCAAAAUUUCUGAUCGCAACAGUCAUCAAGUCCGUCUUCUCAUGUAACUGUUCCAAUAGGGCACUUGUUUUACAGAAAGCACGCACCAGAGCUUCUGAAUACAUUGUUAUGCAAGGUCGGAAGUCUGUUCCCACGAUCUUAAUCUGUUGCAGCUGCAGAGCUCCCCGGUUAAAAUUUAGUAACAGUUUCACAGGCUCCCUCUAGGGGAAGAACUUCUAUUUGUAUCCAUCUCUUUUCUUUUUUCUUUUUCUUUUAAAAGCAGAUCUAACAACAAAGUUUCCUUUUUCAGAUAUUUUGUCAAUAUUUGUUCCUUUAAAAUGCGAAGGAGAACAGUGGAAUCACUAUGUUUCUCUUCUUUUAACUGUCUGUCAAAGACGUUUGUCUAUAGUCAAUGAACUUCCCAAAAACGUCAGUCCUGACACCCCGCUCCCAGGUUCAAGACGGUGGAAAAUUACUUUUCUUACACUCUCUUCUGCAGGUUUAAACAGUCCGGAAAAAAUCCCCCCUCUUCUCCUGCUUCCGAAGGGGGUUCAACAAUUUUAGAUGAUGAAGGUUAAUCCUUUACAAACGAUUUUCUGAACUCUAGUUUGCCAUGUCUUUGCUUUAAUCUAUCUACAAGAAACGGAAGGCUGACUUCCUGUUUAGACCUUCCCGUUUCAGUGCCAAAUUAAGAAAAAUUUCUUAGUCCAAUUUUCCUUUCUACUCACAAGUAGUUAUUUAAAGUCCAAUUGUCCGAAAUUAAGCUACUCACGGGUAGUUAUUUUAGUAGCCAAAUUGUGCCGGGGUGGCGCCAUUCCGGGGUGGCGCCAUCGGUAAUGGCGGAUUCCCUCUGAUCUGGAGGGACUGGCUCCACGGAAAACGGGUCUUUCCUGCUAUGGCGAAGCGGGGACCCUUUGAAAAAUCACAGGCGGAUGAAGCCUGUGACCAUGGGACUUGGCGGGCACCUUUCACGCCCCCCCAACUCGUAAAGGAACCCAGCUACGGGCUCCGGAGCGAAGAGGGGCUAGUGGCGCGGUGCGGAGAGUCAACUGCUUCUUCCGUGGAGCGAAGCCACACAGCCGUUGCCGGAGAGCGCUGCCUUUUUCCUGGGACUUCCCUUUUAUUUGUUAACACACACUUUAUUGCAACAUGAUGGUGAAGCAUAGGCUCAAGUUUAACGAAGGCAAUACAGUGAGAAGCUGAAGAAAAUGCUGGAAGUGGACAAAAUAAAUACUUUGUUAUAAUCCUUUUCAGGUAAUUUUAGCUGGUGGUUUUUUCUGCCCUAGGCUGUGGGGCGGUGUGAAAAUAAAUAGAACCGAAAGAAUUGGGGGCAGGGGCAGGGAAAAGAAUGUGGGGGAAAUGUUCAGGGUGUUAGAAUUUUCCCUCAGUAAUUUAUUGUAUGAGGUAGUUAAUCUUGGCAAAGUCACUUUACUGAGCAAACCUGAACAAAAGGUGUCUAAUUUGAGAAGAAAUGUACACAGGUUUGGUUUUGCUUAAGUCGGGUCUUGUACAUAGCAGGGAGCUGUUAAACUAACCAUACAAGGGGAAAGUUCCCUUAGAACUACACAGCCUAGUUAAUAAAUAAAGGAAUAAUAAAUAUUAGGCAAUAGAAAACAAGUAUGAUGCUGAUUUCCACAGAUAUUAGAAUAUGCCUGAUACAGCAAAAGAAUACCUUUAGGGUAUUAUUAUUAUUAUUAUUAAUUUAUUUCUACCCUACCCAUCUGGCUGGGUUUCCCCAGCCACAACUUCUCUCCCUGGCUAUUUAACUGAUAAUGACAGGUGUUGGCAUGGUAAUGCCUUGCAUGUCAUAUGAUUUGGUCCUGUUCCAAAGGUGCAGCCUUUCAAUCAUAGGUUAGGCAACCAUCUAAACAUGAUCCUGGACACCUCCUUGAGAUUUACAGAUGCCAAAGUACUAUCAAAUGAUGUCCUGGUCCUUUGGAACUUGACACAGGGACAAUAUAAGGGCACUCAUGGUGGCUACACAUCUAGCACUUCAGUACUAGGUCUACCAGCCCCAGCCCCAAAUCAUACAGUGGGCAGAAGUAAUGACUCAGCUAGCAGCCUAGGAGAAGGUGACCUUCUACAAGCACAAGAAAAAUGGGAAGUUUUCCAAUACAUAGACUCCAUAUACAGAUCUAUUUGCAUAAGUAAAUGAACUUUCGGUUGGUCUGGACCACCAGCUGCAUCAGCCAUUCCAAAUAAAUACACCGAAAAUAUUGCUUUGCUUUCUUAUGUUUUACUUACCUGUAUUCCCCUUUUCAUUAUUUCUCUUCAAAAAUCCAUAGAAACCUAUAAAUAAACAAGUUGCAGGACAUUUGUGGGAUGGGAAGUCAGCUCCUUUAUGCUCCUUCUUAGCUCUCCCCCCCCCCCCACUAUUCUGGGGUCGUGAAGCCAAUUUGGUCAAAGGCAAUAUAUGUGUUGCUGUCUUUGCUCAGGUUAAGCUCUCUCUGAAUGGAGGAACAGAGGUAAAUGUGGCAGUGCAAGUUCUUGGCUCAAUGGCCCCCAAAUUGGUCUAGAUCUUUGCAAUGGCUGCCUUUGGCACCUGCUAGUGCGAGCCAUGCUAUUAACAGGUUGUUCUCUCGUUCCAAAACACCAUCUUGAAUUUUGGGUUCUCCCAUUCUCUGAUGUUUGCUACAGAGUGUGUCUGUAGAGUAUCGGGGUAUGGCUGCUUCUUUCAGGCUGCAGACACACUACACCUUUAAAGUGCAUACAAAACACAUUUCCGCCCCCUCAAAGAAUUCUGGGCACAGUAGUUCACCCCUCACAGAGUUACAGUUCCCAGCAACCCUUGACAAACUACAGAGUGCUCAUAAUUCUUUGAUGCAGGAAUUGUGCUUCAAACAUGCUUUACAGGCAUGGUGUAUAUACUUAGGUUCCAAAUGAGCUUGCUGUCUUUCCUUUCCUCUUUCUCUCUCAGUACCUGGUAGAUUUUAAAAACCACUUUUUUGCGAACUAUAGGAGCAGGAUGGCCUGACCACAACUGUCCUAUCAGGAGUUUGUCUUUCUGUGCAUGGAUAUCUUGACCUUUUCACAUUACACCCAACUGGGGCAUCAUGACAAUGAUGGAAAGGAUGACUCAGAUGCUGUGAAGUGUAGCGUACAAUGUACAUAACAUGUUAUGAAAGAACACAGUGUAUGUUGUUUCCUUUUAUUUCCCUCCCACCUUCAAUUUUCUCCUCCUCCCAGCCGGUUUGCUUUUGUCUCCGGGAGAGAAGCUGAGUCAUUUCCCAGCUGAGGCUCUGCUCACUGAUGUGCCUUCUAUGAUACCAAUGCUUUGGAUGAUGAAGGGCUGAAGGGAAGUAUCCAGAGUGUUCCCUCGUCAUGUCUCCCAUCACAGCUGAAAUCAAGCAAUUAUGUAUUCCACCCUUUCUCUGCACAGAAGAAAAUGAAAAUGCAGAUAUCACAGUUUCUGCCUGCAAACGAUGUGGGCGUCGAGAAGGAACAAGCAAACAAAUUCACAUAUUGUGGGCAGCGUUAUUACAACCGGAUCUUUAUGCAAGCAAAUUAUUUCAUUGGAAAAACAGAUCCUGAACUCUUUUAAGUUUUGGUUCUUUCAAACCCAUUCUUAAUUGACAAGCAGAAACAGCAAUGGGGAAGGCAACACAUAGGUAUGUUUUGAUACGCCUCUCUGCAGUUCUACCUUAGGCCAAGAAGCAAUGAAAAAUUGUUCCCGUACUUUAAUGAGCUUGAUCAGAAGUAACUUCAGUGAACCAGUUAUUGAGAGCGGGGGAAAGUGCUCAACCACAACAAAUUGUUGUCUUAAAUUUUAGUGCUUAAUUGUGAACUUCAAUAAUGAAGUCAGGAACUGGAAGCACCUGGGAGGUAAGAGUAUUAAGGGUCAAAUGACAUGUUACAUGUGGGAUCUGUAAAUGGAUCUCCCAUUGUUGUUUAUAAGUGCAAGGAGAUAUUUAUCACCCCUGCAUGAGUCAUAAGCCUCUGAUUCCCAGUUUUCUCUCUUUUUAAAAAAGUCCCUAGCUCUUGCACAGCCUGAGAUUUGAGGCCAAGAGUUGCAUCCAAAGGAGCACUGAGUAACCAUCUUGUCACCACAAGUAUUUCCACUUGUGCAAUGGGACUUUCCCCUUCUUCCUCCCUGUGCCCCCUAAAACCAGUGAUGAUGGAGGAAGGGGGUGGGGGUGCGGUCCCCCCCGGGUGUCAUCACUAGGGGUGUGUGUGUGUGACAAAAUGACAAAAAUAUGAGUUGCUGUUGUUUUAAAAAAAUGGGGUUCACAAAACUUUUUAGUUCAGUCAACAAACGUAACAAAACGCGAUUGGCACUGGGCGACACACCACGGGGGCUGGCCAGCGGGGCCUGCAGCGUGCCCGAGCCACGUGUCUCUCCUGGCGGCAUGGGGCUUGCAUCUGCCCACCACCUCUCCCUCAGCUGCCCUGCAGCCCCAUGGCCGACUCGCCCUGCCCCCAGCUGCAGGACGCCAUUGCCGCACUGGGCACCGGACCGGCUAGCUACACCGCUGCCUAAAAUUGUUCUAGCAAUAUGUGCAGGGGAAGAAGAGGAGGAAACUCCUGUUGCAACAGUGGAAAUCCUUGCACUGAAGGGGCACAUUGGUUGGAUACCACCCUAAACAUGCAGAUUCUCAGGGGUUGAAUAACUCCAAAUCCUCCAACAUUUCUCAAAUGAAAAUAGGGACAUCCUAAGGAAAAGUGGGACAUUUCAGGAUCAAAUCAGGCCCAGGUGUUUGGGGAUUUUUCUCCCUAGUCAGCUGGUAGCUCGAAGUUAACCAUUAAAAGCAUUUAAAUAAUAAUAAUAAUAAUAACAUAUUUCAGAAACAUGGAAUAAAGGACUUUUGGUAAAGCCUUGAAGUAUAUUUAUGUGUAAAUUGCUUAGAGCUUAAGUAUUGUCUUUCCCUUUUUUCAGAGAACCAAACCAAAUAUUUAGAGCUAUGAUGCCUUGAAGAAGAAGAAAACUAUACAGAAAAGGGGGGGGGCAAACUAAAUAGACUGAAUUAAACUUGUUGAAGUAACAGUGCUUCAGCCUUUGCCUCCCCAGUUCAAAUAUCUGUGUCUAUAGCAGAGGCAAGAAGCUGAGAUCAGCAUGACUUUAUAAACAAGUGUUGUAUAUUAAUCAUUCAUAUAAGUCAGAAGGAGCCUGUUAAAGUUGUAGUGUGAUUCAAGUUUUCAAUAUUAAUUGCCUAUAUGACACUAUUAAUGCACAAAGCACUGAUGUUUUGCUCAUGUUCAUAUUGGGGAAAAGUAGGAGCUGAUGCUUACCCUGCGGCGGGAACACUGUCAAUGUGAACACACAUUUCAAAACACAUUUUUAAUAAAGCAGCAUUUGAAGGUAC